CCCAAGUCAGUCUAUCUCCGAGCACCCCAUAAUCAACUCCCAUCGGGUAAAUGGUGCUACCAAUGGAAGCCGGCUCGAUCAUGAAGCCCCCCUCCCUUCUCUGCCGAACCUGCCACCUCGGGCAAUGUUACAAGACCCCUGGCCUGGUUUCUUGAGCCAGGACACAAUGUCUGCACGAAAUAAGCCUAGGACAGGCCGCCAACGUUCUUAUCCUUCGGCAGGGUAUACCGACAAGAGAGCUAGAGAUCUAUCCCUAUCGCGACAGCCUGAGGACAUGGACACUGUUGAAAAAAGCGAGGCACUUAUAGACCCGGAGGCGAAGUCGUUUUUCAAUGGCAUCGCCCACCAAACGCCCUGCGUUUUCCUCUGUUUAGGCUCACCAGAGAACUGUCGAGUUGUUCAGGUACAGGUCAGGGACGAUGACGAAGAGGAGAAGGUUUUUAAUGCCAUGAAGGAGAGCUGGUCCGAGAAUAGAAAGUGGAUGCCAUUUCGCAAGGUCACUGGGGUCCAAGAGGUGACUUUUCGAUUUAUUGGGCAACAAGGAAGCGAAAAGUCAGACAAUCCUACCCUUGUCGGGAUAUAUGAGCCGUUAGACACCAUGCAGUUGCACAAAAGCCUUCGAGAUGAGCUAGAAGCCGCCAAAGAGGCAGCGAGCCUCUGGCAAAGUCCAGAUAUAUUUGACAUGUGUCGACAGGAGUACACAAGUGGCGAAUGGCAACAUAUUGCAGACUGUCCUAGUCAUUGGCAUUCUUAUCGCGGCUGCGACAUUGAAAAGUUUGAACGCGUACAGCACCACCUGCGCAGCCUUUCUCUCAAGCCGGCACUUACCAUAGCGUUUCACAAUCCCUCGCUAGCCAAAGGCCAGCGACUGUUGGAUGGUCUGCAACAAGGCCCUGGGCUUUAUUCAGCUAGGGACAUGCUACGGAAUCUAUAUUGGCACAAUCCAAGAAUUGGCAAUGUCGAAUUCAAUGGCUACAAUAUCAUCGAGGGAUGGGAUGAGAGUAAAUGCAUGGCUGCAGUAAUACUCGUGGUGAUGUCGAGCAUUGGAUCUACUGCCAUUUUCCGAAUAGUUUUCGGAGACUGGCCAACUGCAAUCGCUGCUAGCACUUUAGGAUUAACGGCAUUAGCUUUCACUGUUCCGUGGAUGUCACGAUGGUCUAUGUUUUGA